GUCAGUUGUAGUAGGUGGUCAGGUAUGGCUAUGAUUUAAUGAGCCCUUCAAUUUGUGUGCUGAAGUUUUGCAGUUGUUAGUCUCGUUGCAUUGGUCCGAGUCCGGAAUUGAGUCAGGUCCAGAACCACAAUCUUGUCGUACGAACUAUAGUUAUGGGCGCCUUGAUUCAACAACUCCGACAUCUCAAGGAUGAUCGUGUUUUGUGAGUUAGAAAGUAACCUCAUCCUGAAUCAAUUGUGGUGUCUUACAUGUGGAACCAGUGCUCUGGCAAGUCAUCCGUGCUAAAGAACAUCAUAGGAAAGGAUUUUUUACCUCGUAGUUCAGGUUUGACUUGUGCUCUUUUUUAAUUCUUGAUUUCGUAGUUGGACCAAUCGUAAUUGGACAGGGCAACAAAGAGUGUCGUCCUUUUGAAGCUAUAUUGCCAGAAAGAUGGAACUAAGAUGCUUUUGUGGAGCCCGAAAUUGUUACAAGACGGCCUCUUGUUCUUCAGUCGCAUAAGACAGAGGAAGGAUCCGAUUAUGGAGAGUUCUCACAUCUUCCAAGGAAGAGGUUUUAUGACUUUGUGUCCUAGUUAUGAUGCAGAAAAAGUCCGGAAAGAAAUUCAGGACGAGAUUGAUGGAGUUACAGGAUGGAGCAAGAAAAUAUCACCUGUACCAAUUCAUCUCAGAAUUUGCACACCUCAUGUGGUGAAUCUGACCUUAAUCGACUUGCCUGGUCUAACGAAGGUCGCAGUGGAGGGGCAGCCGGAUAGUAUUGUGAAAGAUAUUGACGAUAUGGUCAGGUCGUAUGUUGAAAAGACAAAUUCCCUCAUUCUGGCAAUAUCACCUGCGAAGCAGAAUGUUGCAACAUCGGAUGCAAUCAAGCUUGCGCUUGAAGUGGAUCCUGGAGGCGAAAGAACACUUGGAGUCUUGACAAAGCUGUACCUCAUGGAUAAAGGCACCAACGCGGUCGAUGUUUCGGAAGGUCGGGCAGUUGAUACGGUGCACUUGAUCCUGAGGGAGCUUGUUCGCAAAUCCGUUGGCGAAAGCCAAAGCAAGCGCCUAAGUCAAUUGUUGGAUAAAGACACAGCUUUGAUGGAACGAAGACAGGCUUGUGCUCAGCGGCUAAAACUUUACAAGAACGCCCUAAAUGAAAUCGACUCAGAUGCAUGGAGAAGUCGCUGCUCUUAAUAGUUACAAGAAAGGGGAAAGUUUGUGUUAAUUAUGAAUACAAUGUAAAGUAGCCUUUGUCAUUUGAUUACUCGACAAUCUUUGAAGAGCAGUUAGUUGUCUUGUUUUUUACUAGAUAUCGAUAUAUUGUGUAUGUUAUCAAUUCGCCUACUAUCAAUAGCUUCAAGUGCGAGCACAGCAGCUCGGAGACCUUGUGAUCGCCCACAUGUGUCAACUGACGAGCUCCAAAAUCUGCCAACAAGGCCAUGGAACAAAGAUGGAGUGAAGUAGGUGAAGUUCUCGUCCUUACCAAAUCAAAGACGAUGCAAAUUCUGAUGAAACGUCUUCAAACAUCGAAGCAAAAGAGCAGAGCUUAAUCUUCUGGAAUAGAUUCAAACAAAUCUUUAAGUCAUGUCACUGAUUAUCCUUAAACAAACGAAAUACAUGACUUGCAGUUCAUAUCA